AUGCCGGUGUCUAACCUCGUUCCUCUCACUGUUAUCAAGGGCGCCGGUCACGAGUUCAUCCCCCUUCCUCAGGGCGAGAACGCAACCACAGCCGACUUCCACUCCAUCCGCACCAAGACCGACUCCCCCGCUCACUUCACAUCCGGAUUCUACAAGAUCGAGGCUGGCCCUGCACGACCCGCUCACUACAACUUCGAGGAGACCAAGUAUGUCUUGAACGGUCAAAUCGAUGUUUUGGAUGAGGCUACUGGAGUCACUCACCACUUGGUCCCUGGUGACUUUGCUUUCUUCCACGUCGGAUCCAAGGUCAAGUUCUCCACCAAGUCCUCUGGCUUCGCCUUCUACGCCGUGACUCGUCCCGUUCGGGCUCCCCACCCUAACCUGGUUGGUCGCGAGGAGGACAAGGCUCGCCUGUAA